AUGAAAAAAGGAAAUAGAAGUGAGCGACGUUUAGUUACACGCACAAAAAGAUCAAAAACACCAACAACUAUUGAAGGAAAUGACAGCUUUAAUGCAACUUAUUUGAAAUCACCUAGCCCUAUUACACACAGACGCAAAAGUACAAGCGAAUUUGACUUGCAAAAAAUUCUUGCUAUUAUACCAUAUAGCUUACUCCCUCGCUCUCUGAGUGAUAAUUUAAAAAUCUGCUUUUUGGGAAAUUAAUUUACAUAAAGCUUUUAAUAUAAUUAUGUUUAAGUGAAUAUUUUUGAUAUUAAUUUAUAAUUAUUAUAGCGAAAUUCUAAUUAAUUCUAUUAAAUUUUAAACAGCUUGCAUUUGAUAGCAUAAAUUUAUACUUUUAAGUAAUUGAAAAUUGGGGUCUUUAAUCAGGAAAAAAUUUUUAAUAAAAAUUAAACCCUGAGCAAAAAUAUAUUGAUUAUGGUGAGGUCAUAAAUAAAAUGGCUUUCGCUCAAGCGAAGUUAGCUCCGCUAACUUUCUCCCACUCAAGCAAUUUUAUUUAUAGGGUUGGGUUUUCACCUCAAGAACUUCUGCACAGCAAUAGCGGUUUAACUUUGGGGAUAACCAAAGGAACUGCUCCUCAGUGCGCUCAAGAUCUGGAGUUUUUACCCCUCAGCACAUCCCAAGGGAGAUGGACCCUCAGGCGGAACACGCUCAGGAGCUGAGUCGAAACAAAGCCGUGGCGGCAGCGAAGCCCGUUGAAGCGGAACGCCUUAUUUACCCGUGCCUUGGCGACCAAAAGGGACCGAUCCAGCGAUUUCUGGGCCCGACACGUGGGAUAAAUAUGGUGGCAGCUCUGGAGUUUGGCUACCCCGUAGUGGACGUUAAGCGUUAUAGAUAAUAUUAAGAUUAUGGUGAGAUCGAAUUAGGAAAAAUUCAGAAGCCUGCUACAUAUAGAAAAGAACUGGCUAAAAUAUAUGAACUUGAAAAUCAAGAUAGUCAAACGUCUUCUAAAACAUUUGAACAAUAUAUAAAUACAAAGGUUUUAGACGCCCAAAGGCAGUUAAAUCAGCUUUUAGAAAAUAAAGAAAGUCCAAGUCAAAAGCAAAACUCUUUUUAUCCUAUUCAAUAUUUUAGAAAAACAAUAAAUAGAUUUUCACCUGGAAUUGUGAGAAUAUAUCCUAACUCUUUUUAUAUUUAAGAAUAAACUAUAUUUAUUUUAUAAUUUUGUGCUUAAAUAAAAUUUUAUUAAUUAGGAUGGAGUAAGGAAUCAUCAAUUACACCUACAUCAACUAGUACUCGCUUGAUACAAAAUGAUAGGUUUUGUAAAACACCUACACCUCCAUCCCAGCCAAAACAGCAUUUAAAUACAUCAUCUCCAAGCUUAAAAAGAAUACAACCACAAAAAUACAACUUACUGCCCUCCCUGAGCAAGCAAAACAAUUUUUCUUGCUCAUAUAUGCUUAAGUUUUUUAUUUAAAAUUUUUUUAUUAUAGGCAAGGGCAAGGUAAUGCAGCCAGUCUUGAGAAGCUGGCUCUGCUAGUGGUGGAUUUCUUUUGGUAUGGACACGAGUGCUGCAUAGAUAAUUUUGCUUUCUGAGCCGUAUCACUAGUUGGGUACAAAAGGGCAUUUUAGCUCUGCAGCAGUCAGACUUUAAAUACUAAUCUAAUCGUAAUCAUUUAUUCACUAAUGAAAGAUUUAUUUUUUCCAAAAUUCAGGAUUUUUCCAAUUGUCUUGGUUACUCACAGGUGGAAAGAGUUAGAAGCAAGCUUUUCUGUAAAAAAUCACAAUAGACUAAAAAAAUCCCCCAAUCCAGACAAAAUUACUAACAAUACACAUUUUUUGGCUGUUGAAAAAUACAAUGGAGACUAUGUCAAUGGCAAAAGGCACGGAAACGGAGAAAUAAUAUAUAGCAACGGAGAUAAAUAUAAGGGAAAAUGAAUUAAUGAUAAAAAAGAAGGCUAUGGAAAAUACCUAUAUAAAGAUAUAGGUAUAACUUAUAAAGGAGACUGGCAUAUGAAUAAUAGGCAUGGGAAUGGAAAAAUGAAAUUUUCUAAUGGAGAUGUUCUACAAGGGUCAUGGUCUAAUGGAUAUUUAAAUGACGGCUACGUAAUAAUUUUAUAUGGAAAUGGUGAUAAAUAUCAAGGAGAAAUCGUAAAUGGGAUGAGACAUGGAGAAGGCACCAUAAAAUACCAACAAGGCUAUUUUUAUAGAGGGCCUUGAAAAGAAGACCACCGAUCUGGUAUCGGCUUAAUUACCUAUAAAACUGAAUUUUUCUUUGAAGGCCUCUUUAUCAACGACUCUACCGAAGGCAAAGGAGUUUUAGUAAAAAAAGACAUAUUUGGCUUCAAUAAAAAUAAAAACACUGACGCUCCUGACAGUCCUAGCAACAUUUUUAGAAGCAGCUCAAACUAUUCGUAUAACAGAAAAUCUGAAUUAGGCCACAUUGACGAAUUCAAGCUUUUUAAACUCCUUUCUCUUGAUAUGUGGGAUACAAUUUUUGUGACUCUUACAUCUGAACAAUUAGAUAGCCGCAUAAAUUUCCCACACCCUACAAUAGAAUCAGGGAUUUUCCGGGCUGGAAAACUUUUUGGGUAAAAAUUAAUUUAGUGCUGGAAUGCUAAAAUUCGGAAUUUAUGGAAAAUAUGAAGGAAAUUUUAAAGAUGGGGCAAGGUCAGGAUGAGGAAAAAUGGUGUAUAAUGACCCUGAUAAAGUCUGCAGCUGGUUUCAUGACAAUGAAGGGACUUAUUAUGGAGAGUGAAAAGACAAUUUUAAGCAUGGGUUUGGGGUUUUUGAGUGGCCAGACAGGACUAAAUAUGAAGGCAGAUUUUCAAGAAAUAUGAGGAAUUUUGUGACUGGAAAAAUGUAUUUUAAUAAUGGCGAAAUUUAUGAAGGAGGCUGAGUAAAUGAUAAAAUGGAAGGAAAAGGGACUUAUUGGAAAGGCGGAAUUAUAUUUAAAGGGCAGUUUAUUAAAGGGCUACCUGCUGAUGUAGGCUCACUAGAGUUUGCUGAUGGCAGAAAAUAUGAUGGGAAUAUUGAUAAUUGGCUGCCUAAUGGAAAUGGAGCUAUGAGGUGGCCGAAUGGAGAUUUAUAUGAAGGAAGCUUUAAGGACGGAAAUCCUGAUGGAAACGGAAAAAUGGUGUUUAGCAAUGGAGAUUUGUAUGUAGGAGAAUGAGAUAGAGGACAAAGAACUGGCAAUGGAAUUAUGAAUUAUUCAACAACUGGAGAAAUCUAUGAUGGCGAAUGGGUAUGCAAUUAUAGAGUUGGGCUAGGAAUUCUGAAGUCUCUUAAAGGAGAUAUUAUAUUUUGGGGGAAAUGAAAACAAGACCAGCCAGGAAAUAAAGGCAAAAUGAAGCGUACUAGAAGUGGAAAAAUAAUGCUAGAAUAUAUUUAA